AAAUAGUCAGACAACUAAAGCCUUAAGCCCGGAGCCACAAUGGCUAAGAGAUAGAAAAUAUUGGGGUCAAUUUUGGACUUUGGACUGCUGAGCCAUUUUUACACUGUAUUGUGAUUUAUACACAGUUGGCAUUCCUGGCCAUCACCAUGGAGGUAUACCUGUCCAAGACUUAUAUUUUGCUGGUGAUUCUUGUCUCUGUGUUGUCACGCAUGCAUUGUGUGCCACAGGUGAAUUGCAGAUGGGGGCCUUAUGGAGACUGGUCGGAGUGUAAUGGGUGCACCAAAACACAGGAGCAGACUCGUUCCAUUGAGGCCUUUGCUCAGUUUGGGGGGGUCCCGUGUUCAGGAGAGGCCAGUAAGACCCAAGACUGUGUUCCCACUCAAAAGUGUCUCCUGGAAUCAGGCUGUGGAGACAGGUUCCGCUGCAACUCAGGUACAAGACUCCUAGCUUCAUGCAUGUGUAUUUUGGAUUUAGUUUUCAGCUUUUGGUGUAAGUAUCUCUCUCUCUCUCUCUCUCUCUCUCUCUCUCUCUCUCUCUCUCUGUAUACGUGUGUUUUAGGUAAGUGUAUAAAUCCUUCCCUGGUGUGUAAUGGCGACCAGGACUGUGAGGAAGAUGGCCUGGAUGAACGUCGUUGUGAUGAAGCCACCAGUAACACUGUGUGUGACGAACAGAAGACCCCUCCUCACUUGGAACAAACUGGCCUGGGGUUUGAUGUAUUGUCGCAGAGGCUGAGGGCUCCAGUCAUUAACACUAAGAGUUUUGGUGGUCAGUGCAGGAAAGUCUUCAGUGGCGACCACAAGUCCUUUUACAGACUCCCUCAAAGUAUCCUCAGGUACACCUUUCAGGUGGCGAGUGAGAAUGAUUUCAAAGAUGAGUUGUACAACAGUGCCUGGUCUUAUGUAAAGCACGUCGAGAAGAGGAUGAAGACUAAUGGAGGGCAUGAUCACUUCACUUCUCAUUACGAAAUGAAGCGAGACAAGUCCUACCAUCUGCUGAUCAUUAAGAACGAGGUGGAGGUAGCUCAGUUCCAGAACAACGCUCCCAAGUACCUCCCUCUAUCUGAGGAGUUCUGGAAGGCUCUCUCCAGUCUGCCCGUCUCGUACGAGGCCUCGGCCUACCGCAGUCUGCUCCAGAGGUUUGGAACUCACUACAUGUCCGAGGGAUCGCUGGGAGGCCAGUUUGAGUUCCUGCUGGAGUUUGACUUUGAGUCUGUGAAAGAGGAGGGUAUGACACUAACAGAUUACCAUCAUUGCACCAAGUUUGUGAUUCGGAUUCUUUUCUUUAAAUUCAGCAAAACUAAAUGUGACACGAUUUAUAAUCAUCAGUCCUGGAAUCGAGGUCAUACAACUUCAAAGAGUCCAUUUCAAGCCAACACCGUUGGAGGUCAUUUAGCGUAUGCUGAAGGUCUGAAACAGCUGAAUGUAAAAGACCCUGGUGACAACCAGGACAAGUUCAAGAAAUGGGCUGGCUCCGUGUCAUCCUUCCCUGUGGUUAUUAAACAAAAGCUGAGGCCUCUGUAUGAGCUGGUGAAGGAGGUGCCGUGUGCAGGAGUGAAGAAACUCUACCUGAAGAGGGCGCUAGAGGAGUACCUGGAGGAGCAGCACGCCUGCCACUGCCGCCCCUGCAACAACAACGGGCAGCCGGUGGUCACGGGCUCACAGUGCUCCUGCUUCUGCAAGGCGGGCACGUCCGGCAUGGCCUGUGAGACAGGCUCCGUCAUAGGAGAGCAGCCAGGUGUCAUUGAUGGAAGCUGGUCUUGUUGGUCCAGCUGGACAUCUUGUUCUGGAGGUCAAAGGUCAAGGAGACGUACAUGUAAUAAUCCCUCACCAAGACUGGGAGGAAAACACUGCAUAGGGCAACCUUCCGAAGAACAGCCCUGUGAAGAUCCUGAUAUGGACUAUCUUCUGACGAUGGAGCCACACUGCUUUGACUCCUCUCUAGCACCCGUGAAGUCAUGCAAAGCUCCACCUGCUCUGAGAAAUGGCUUUGUACUGAACCCUAAAGAUGUGUAUGCAGUGGGCAGUAAGGUGGAGUACUCCUGCGUUGAUGGAUACUACCUCCAAGGGCAGAAGAUUGUUGAGUGCACAGACAGCCUCACCUGGAGGAGAGGACAGAUGGAGUGCAAAAAGUCAGCAUGUGAUGCCCCUCCUCUUCAGCAAGCUGUGAUUGGCUCCCUUGUGAAGUCCACCUAUCAGAUUGGGGAUCGAGUGUCCCUGAGCUGUCCUGCCGGGAUGCAGAGGGUGGGGGUGCCUGAGGUGGCCUGCAGCUCCAGUCUCUUGUGGUCUCCUCCAGUAGAGGGUGUGGAGUGCCAGUCAGUCUCAGCCGCCACAGUCCCUCCGGCCCUGCGGUGUAAACCUUGGGAGACCCGAGGAAAGGAGCAGUGUGUAUGCAAACUGCCAUCACAAUGCGAGGCUUCUUUCCCAGUGUGUGCCUCCCUGCUGAGGGGCAGAGUGAGCCAGGUGGGCGUGUGCCAGCUGGGUGCCCUGCAGUGUCUGGGCAGGAGUUACACUCUCCUCAAUGACAGCUCCUGUGACUGGCCCAAACAGAACUUCACCUCCUGUCAAGAUUGUCGACCAUGGGAGAAGUGCGUGGGUCUGGGCUGCGUGUGCCGAGAACCCCAGGAGUGUCCAGAGGCUGUUGGGCUUCUGUGUGUGGCUCUUGGGGGGACCGGCGUGCGCGUCUCCAUGUCAGAGUGUGAGGUGGGUGUAUUGAGGUGCCACAGUGAGCCCUUCAUAGUGAGUGACAUCGGAGCCUGUCCCUCCUGAAAGAUAUGCUCAAGGUUACUCCACUCAGGCCCAUCAUUCAGUCCUCAUUUGAAACAUAACAUUAUUACUAAAAUAACGUAAUUAGGUUAAAGGUUGCAGUCAAUCGUAUGUUUAUGAUGCUCCUUUACAGAAUUCAUAAUCACUAUUGUUGUAUAUAUUCAUCAACAAUAAAAUUAUAUUGUUGCACAAUAA